AUGAUACAACUAGAGUCGCUGUUCCCUCGGUUCGUUGAGCCAGUACCGAAUGUCACUGUGACUGUUGGUCGAGAUGCCUUAUUGGCGUGUGUUGUUGAAGAUCUUAGAGGAUAUAAGGUGGCGUGGGUAAGAGUCGACACGCAGACGAUACUGAGCAUUCAUCACAACAUCAUCACUCAGAAUCCACGGAUCAGCUUAUCCUACAAUGACCAUAGGUCCUGGUAUCUUCACAUCAAGAACGUGCAAGAGGUGGACCGCGGAUGGUAUAUGUGUCAAGUCAAUACCGACCCUAUGCGGUCUAGGAAGGGAUAUCUGCAAGUUGUUGUGCCACCCAUGAUAAUCGACAACAUGACAUCGACGGACAUGGUCGUACGUGAGGGUACAAAUGUCACCAUGCUAUGCCGAGCCACUGGGUACCCAGAACCAUACGUCAUGUGGAGACGGGAAGACGGCCAAGAAUUCAACUGUAAUGGAGAGUUAGUAAACGUAGUGGAUGGGGAGAAUCUAACAAUAUCGAAGGUGUCACGUCUUCACAUGGGCGCUUACUUAUGCAUUGCCUCUAAUGGUGUUCCUCCAUCCAUCAGCAAGCGAGUGGUGCUUAUGGUUCAAUUCCCGCCGAUGCUAUCGAUCCCGAAUCAGUUGGAGGCUGCUUAUGUAGGGCAAGACGUGACGCUGGAAUGUCAUACUGAAGCCUACCCAUCUUCCAUUAAUUAUUGGACGACAGAUCGAGGGGAUAUGAUCAUAUCAGGCAACAAAUAUAUGACGUCCCUUAGCGAUGACGGUUACAGUCGGAAGAUGAAUCUCGUCAUCAAAAGGGUAUCACCGAAGGAUUUCUCAUCGUACCGCUGCGUCGCUAAAAAUUCACUCGGAGAGACGGACGGCCUUAUACGACUUGAUGGUAAACACAGAAAUCGUUGGCGUGACAGUUCAGCUGAGAACAGAGUUAUUGGAGAUUAUGAAGUUGAAGAAUGGAAGGAUAUUGGUCACAAUUUUUGGUCUCGGUAA